AUGUCGUUCUUUCGCAGACCCGCCGAAGAUUCUUCCUCUGAAUAUGACAGCGACGAGGAAAAUCCAACAAACCUGCCGGAAUCCGGUGCCAACGACGUAGAGACCGAUUCCUUAAAGCAUGGUUCAACUUCCCAAGAAGAGACGGACGUAAACUCUAUUCAAGAUUUACAGCCCGAAGAAAUUUCGGAUGAUUUCUUUAACCCUUCUAUAAAUUCGAUCGCAAAUACAAUCCGCAAAUUCACACGCUUAUCGAUCUCAAAUCGUUUGCAUUCUAUUAACUCGGAUUCUCUCUUUGUUCAAUCUGUUGCUUCGACACUAGGGCUUCCCAUAGUAGCGAAUGAACGAUGUGGAAGCUGGUAUGUCCCGCCGUCUCAGAAAGCAGGAUCAUGCUACUUCAAAUCCACAGACGGACAUUUUGGAUGUUGGAGUUUUAGUCUGAGAAGACUAAAUCUCGGGAUUCUGGAGCUUAUUGGACAAAACAGAGGUUGUAUAAUCGUCGACAGCACAAGGAGAGGAAAAUCUAUUCCCGACGCACUGAGUAAAACUGUUCCAAUCUGGUGUGCAGUUAUGAACUCCGUGCUUUUCCCUGGUAGCUCCGAGGAAGGCGCAAAAGUCGAGUUACCAGAGAACGCUGUUUCCGCGUCAGAAAGGGCACAGAUCUCAAAGUUGAUUGAUGGGUUUUCGAAACAAUUGCGAGAGCUGCAGCUCGACACGCAGAAGCUUGCAGCGCAGUUACGAAAACCCAUGAAACCGGUUUGGAUUACUCGGGAAACAGAUGUUGCAGAUAUAAAAUAUAUCGGGGAAGAAUAUAACCCUGUUUAUCUCUUAUCAGCAUCCAGGUAUCUCAAAGAAGAGUUACAACCAAGAGAUUCGGGAGCGCUCGGGCAGAAUUUCGUAUAUAUACAAGGUGCAGGGGAUGAUCAUGAAGGGUGGGCUAGAGGAUUACUACCAGUUACCUACUGGGGAAAUCGAGAAAGGUUGCUGCAGACCCCAGAAGCUGAGUUACCGGAACUUAUCGACGAAAUUGUCAAAUCCGGGGGAAGCAAUAGCAAUAACCCACCCGCCACCGAUCUCACGGGACUAUCUAUCCUCAGCAAAGUUCACAAGAAACUUGCGAUAUGCGAUCUUGUAACAUACGAAGCUUUGAGGAAAGCUCAAACACCCGUCGCAGCAGCUAUAGUUUGUUACGAAUCCGGUGUGUUUCUGGAAGGACGUGCAGAAGCCAACAAAAGUUGGUGCCCUGAAUAUCGAACGUAUAUUCCUCCAAAUAAGGUAGGAAGCAAGCAGCUUCGAACCAAACUUGUGGAAGUGGUGGGUUGGGCGGGGGAGCUUCUUACGUCGGACUCAUCACGACCGCUUAUCAUUGCGUGCCAAACGGGGAACAACGUGUCGGUUGGUAUCACGCUUGCAUUAAUAUGUCAGCUAUUUGAUGAUCAUGGUCGUCUCACACCCAAAUCUGCAAACUCGAAUCAGCAGGUGGAUAAAGGCAUGAUUCGUCAACGCCUUAGUUGGAUCAUAUCUGAUCGGACACAAGCGAACCCGUCCAGAGCGACCCUUCAAGCGGUCAAUCUAUUCCUGAUGGGGUGGGCCUAG